UUUAGCCAUAUGGAUAUAAUUUAUUUUACAUUAAGCUAAGAAAAUGUUCACGUGAACUAAUCAUCAGGUAAAAUAUGUUCCAUUUAUUUAAUUUCAUUAGUUUCCUAUCCGGAUCAUUUAUUACAAUAAUAUCUAGACCUGUGUGUAUUUCAAAAUGCCUUAAUUAUUAUCAUUAACUCCAUAACAUCUAUGAAACGAAUUCAUUAAUCAAAAAGUCUUAUUCUGAUACUGCUACAUAUAAUAGAACCAAACUCCCUCCUCGCAUAUAUUUGGUUAGUGUGCAAACAAAAUUAAGCGGAUGUUAUUUUCACAUAAAUAGAAACAAGAAUUUUAUCAACCAAGGGGUUAACUCUAUGGUGAAUUAACACAUCUGUAGUUUGGCAUCCACCAUAAAAUUUGCUUAUUUUAACACUUUCACAUUUCUUCCUGUCAUUAGGUUUAGUUCCUAUCUUACAUAAAAUGCAUGAGGGAAACCUUUCUCCGUUAUCAGACACUUCCUCCAUGUUACAAACACUCAAACUAAAUUAAGCAGGACAGUGGUUUAAUAAUGUGUUCAGUUCUUCCUUCUAUAAUGCUUAGCAAUAUUUUACUUAAUUAUGUAGGAUAUAUAUUUAAAAAAUAAAUACAUCAACUUUUACUUCAGGAACGAGUGUGAUUCAUAUGUUCACCUCUAUUUUAAAUAGUAUUAAUGAUAUCUUCUUUUUUCCAUUUGUCUUUUUUAUUUCGUUAUAAGAUUUGUGGUUUUGAAUAUUUGCUGUUGAGACUGAAUUGUCAAUGAUAAAUAUAUUUGAAACAAUGAAAAAUACACUAUUUUCGUUAACAUUCUUUUUACAUUAUUUUUUUUUUCAUUUUCGAAUUAUUCAUUAUUAUUAUCCCCUUUUUUUAAACUGCCUUGUAUUUUUGCUAAUUAGAUCAAAUGUAAUUCUGUUUGUCAAUGAAUUUCAUUUAAAAGCAAAACAAGAUCCAUAUUGCUAGAUAUAUUUUUCGUAUUCAUAUUUGUAUGUAUUUCUAUAUAUUGAUUUCUGACGGAUGAAAUAUGCAAUAGACCGGAAUAGCUAGCUGUGUGUCGAAAUAUAACGGUACCCGAUGACGUAUGUCCAAAUCGGUUGACACGUAAACAGUUGUAGAUAGCUCAGAGACUUGUAGCCUACAGUCUAUCCUUUGUAUUGUUAUGUGGACGCCUAAUUUUUGUCUGGUACCCAUAUAUUGUACUAUAAUUUAGAAAUCAUUAAACAAUACGGGAUAGGCCAAUAUAUCUUCGCAUCUAAGUAGCUUAUCGAGUUAGGCACCCUUCGGCUCUCCAAGUCUUCUUAUGUACUGCGACUGCAAUUUCAACAUGCUCAUCAGUGCCAAGAAAACUGAAUGCACAGAGAUGAAACAUGUGAAGCCAGAUAUUUUUUAAAUUCAACGGCCUUCAGAUAAUUAAAAUAUAUAUAGUGUGAUAACGUAAAAAGAAAAUGUGUGGAAGUAAAGGCGCGGCGCAGACGAUGGGUGGAUCUCGAUUGUAUCUGGAGUGGAUUGGAGGACUUAGCUUCGUAAUUGUUUGAUCAAAUAACUAAAACUGUUAACUAGUGCAAGGUUUUUGUAACUAUCCCUAACAUGGUUACAUAUAUAUUCAAGUUCAUAAAUUGAGCAUAUAAUCUAUUUGAAAUUUUGGGGGCAAAAUCAAUUGAUGUACGUAGCCCGAUUCCGACGAUGGCGCGGAUCCGGUUUUAUUUCAAUAAUAUUUAUUGAAAUAAUCAUAUUUUAUUAACUUUGAAUAAUUACCGGUUUUGUAAAAAGACAAUGGAACAAUCCCCAACUAUGAUAUUUAAAUAUUACGAUUUGUAUUAAACCUAUAGAAUGGAAAAGUAUUCGGAUUUCGUGCAUGGAAUGUGAAAUUCCGGUUAUUUGCAGAACAUAAAAAGUAAAAAUUCACUUAUCCCCCAGGCCUCGAUCCAAAAAAAACUCUUAACUUCUAUGCAGUAUGUAAUAUACUAAUUUACAAUUCAUUAAUAUUUAUUGGAUCGAGGCCUGGGGGUUAUACAAAUUUUUGGUGCAUAUUGUUGGAUAUUAUCAACUUUUACAAAUAUAACACAACUGUUAUGGGUUUUGCAUGUUAAAAUUUCUAUAUGCGUGAAUUUUCGCGGAAAAAACACACUGGAUUUAUAAAGAAGAAGGUAUAAGCUAUUUCAUACCAUGAUGAAAUUUUGGAAUGAAGAUACUUUAUUUUACUCAAAAUCACAGGGCCAUAUUUGGGUAUUCGUGGCUCUUGUUCUCUGUAUUCAUGGAUGUGUUCCAGUUAGGGAAAUGUUUUGAUGUUUGUUUCGUCCAAAUCAACAAUUUAUCUGUUGUGAACAUUUAGUACGUAAAAAACCAGAUAAGAUAAGCUACCUCUGCACGAAAUCUGUAACAACACACAAUGAAUAGAUACACCUAUAAUUUAUCAUUUAGCACUGUCAGAGCAUUCGAGUGUUAUCUCUACUUCCGGAUUUAACCAUUCAAUAUGAUCGAUAGUGAAACAUGAAUACGAAGGAGACGGAACCUCCCCUGCCGCGGGGAGAAAAAUGGCAAUUUGUGAAAUCAGACAAGGAGUACCCUGUGGACCAGUUCUAUUCCAUCGCCGUUUUGCCUUGCGUCGCUCUAGUCACUCAGGGUUACUACGGCGAUAUUGGCAUAGAUGUAAUUGGGUCUGGACAGGCAAUAUACAUCCAAAAGUUGAGUAAACAACAGCGGGUUGUUGCUGAGAUCAUAUCAGAGGAGAAAACCAGGCAUAUAUCCAUCCCCACGGCGUAUAGGGCCCGAUUUUGUGUAGUAGAGAACCACGGAAUAGCUUCCAAGGAAUAUCCAUUGGCUGAGAUUCUGCGCAUGCGCAAACUGCCUUGUGUCGUCAAAUUUUCGCCCAAUAACCAGUUCAAUCUUAUGUCAGUGGAGGGAACAAAAAUGGAGACUGACAGGAUGCGUCUGCGUUUGUUGAAGACGUAUGAGGAGCUGUACCUGGUCGGGAUUCCCAUCUCAGAAACUACUAUUUACAACGAAACAAUGUUGCUACCUUUUUACCUGAACGAAUUGAGAUUAUCGUUGGUAACUGGUAUACAAGGAUAUCCCUCCACCUGGUCUACCUACUUACAACAGCUGACCGUGGCAAAAGUACCAGAUUCUGCAAAGUACGGUAACUCAGAUAUUGCAGUCUACAAAGAAGCAGGGUUAGAGUGGUUUGAACAAUCAGGCGUGGUGCCAGAGACCUACUUAAGCAUACAGGGCGUUAAUGACUUGUCAGGACACCAUUAUGAUGAUCUACAAAAGAAGGAAAAUGACGAUAAGAUGAAAGGUGAAGAUAAGAUAUACGAUAUUGUAUGGGACUGGAAUGUUGGUCGCUCGGUCGUCAGAGAAAGACAGCAACCAGAGAAGAGAGCUGACGACAGAUACAUCCAAUGGAAGACACACAAACAAACAUACUCAUCACGUGAUGUAGCCUCGCGUUCAGAGUUGCGCUAUGUUGAAAGGCCAUUACCGAAACCACCUAAAACUACGGGUAGAGAAAGACCGUGUCUAUCUCCAAAUCCAAAUGAGGCAGACAGAAAACUGAGUAAUCCCCAAAGCGACAUAAGGAAGCAUGUUCAACGAUCGACGUACCUCGAGGUCAGUCCAAACCAAGUAAUCACCUCGACGAAGGAAAACCACCAAUAUAUACAUUCGAUAGAUAAACGUCAGCAGACACAAAUGCUGUCUGGUCAAAGCCAUUUACGAAACGAACUUGAGAGUGCUUUGAAGAAAAAUACUAAAUCAGUGAGUGAUAAAACUUCAUUAAUACCUCCUGUAGAUUAUGAUGUGAGCGAUCUACCACCGGUACCGAAAAGACCCCUAAAGAACGAGUCAUCCCAGGCACUGCUGGCGCCAGACAUGGCUGAUCAACGCCGAAAGCGCAUACCGAGCAUGUCUGUUUCGGAUGUCGGGUAUUGGCUAGGUGUUCUGAAGUUGGACCAGUACGUAGGCACUUUCAAAGAAAACUUGGUGGAUGGUUCCAUCCUUCCAGAACUUGACGAUGACAUUUUGCAAAGAGAAUUCAAAAUGUCUCGUUUUCAUACAAUAAAACUUCGAAAGUUUCUUACGGAAGGAUAUAUUCCUAGGCAGUAAACUUUUCAAUAGAAUAUACAUGUUUCCUUCCAUAAAUUUCUUACGAUUUAUCAAAAGAAUGCAAUUUGUUGGCUGCCUUUAAUAAACGUAUUGUGAUAGGGUACAUGUGUACUUUAACAAAUAAAGAACUUCCUGUUUUAACUGUGA